GCAGAAGCGGAAUCAGUUCGUUUCGUUCGCUCACUCGUUCGCCGCGUUACUUUUUAACCAUUGUCGUCGUUCUUGUGGUAGAAGUAGCAAAGGAAGAAGAAGAGCUGUGUGGAAGAAGAAAAAGGCAGUAGAGCAAGCAAAGGAGAAUCUUCUUUCUUUUGUGUGUGUUGUGUGUGAAUUUCAAUACAAAAAAUUUUCACUAGCCCAAGCUAAAAAAGAAUUGUGCUUUUGUGUGUUGAAAAUUGUUUAAAAAAAUGCGAAAUAAAAUAACGCAAGUACGGUUAUUAAAUGUGAGUGAGACGCGCGUAUAAUUUUGCAGUUAUUAUUGUUGGGGGAAAAAGAAAAAUAUUUUGUGUGGCCAUUUGCAAGUGCGGUGUACGUCGUCGUCGUCGUUGUCGUCCCGCAAAGCACCGCCCGCGCCUAGUGUCUGUGUGUUUGUGCGCGAGUGUGUGUGUGCGGUAGCCGUUGGUGCGUCGUCUUUGUCGCCGCCUAUAUAAAAUUUAGACUGGCGGACGGACUGUUUUUUUUUUUCGUUUUGAUCAUACACUUUUGAUCAAUUUAUAUAUGUGUAACUCAGUACUUUUGUGCAUUUGACGACGACAGUGUAAUUUGCAAUAAAGUUAAAUUCGAAAUAUUACAAAAACAGUGUUUGUGGCCGCUAAAUAUUUGAGCGCCAAGCGCCAAUUGGAUAUGGAUAUUUUAAUGCUAGCUUCGAACGAUACAAAAUCGCUGUACCGAUGAAUGAACGACGCCAGUGACGCGGGCCAAUACCCAGCCAGCAGCGAGUCGGCAACAACGAAACAAAUGCCCUGUGACCGGGAAAACAAAAGCCAGUUUCAAGGUCAAAUGGCACACGGUUCUUGAGUAACCAAAUUUCCUGAAUUGUUGUUGUCACGUGUUCUACAAAAUCUCUACUAGUUGUAAGCAAUUACAACGUCAAAUAAAUAUCUCGAAAAUAUUAACACAAAAAAUUGACAAAAAGUACUAAAAUAGAAGUCAUUAAAUUAAGUAAAGUUACAACAAAUACCGUUAAUACAAAAGUAAGGCAAACUAAAGUGUUCAAAGGCGUGUUUUUGAAAGUGUUUGAAAAACUGUUUUGUUAAGCCAACAAUAAAUAAAAAAAAGUGUGUCUACAUAAAUGUAAAAUUAUAAGUCUAAAAUCACAAAUGUUUGAAUGUUAACACUUAAAACCGAAAAUAAAAUAUUUGUAAAAAAUAGAACCAGGUACACAGGAAACAUAAAAAAAUACUACUAAAGCAACAGAGCGACGUGUGAAAAUGUCACCGUUAUUUUUGAAUGUCAAGAAGCGAUCAAGUACUUUGCGACAAGGCAAGCAAUCAGCGUUUGUGCACCACAGUGCAGUGCUGUGCAUGUGAAACAACGAAAAAUGUCGAGUGGCAAACGCAGUGCAGAGUACACACCAGUUAAAAGUAACAAAAUAAUAUAAAAUUAAAUAACAGUGAAAAUUCAUUUCAACUAAGUUUACAAGCGCUGUGCAAGCCAAGAAGUGUGAAGUUGCCAGAUACUAAAAAGAAUUUAUAUACAAAGUAAAAUUUAUAUAAAUUAAAGUAAGAAAAUAUCUUCGCAAAAGGUUGGUAGAAGGUGUUUGGCUUGUAAAAAAGUGUUCAACAGUGUGCGUUGUAGCGUGUUACAAGUGUAAAGCAAAAAAAAUAUUUAAUUUUCCUACGCUCUACAAUAACGUGUGUCAACAUUUAGUAUUUGUUUGUAGUAGUUGUCAAACUCAUUACAACCCCAAAUAUCCUGCUUUCUCUCUAUCUCCAACUCUCAACUUGCUAUCACUCCCUGCGUACGCAUUGUUAUAUGUGUGUCCGUGUGCAUAUUUAUAGAAUAUUUCUUCGUUAAGCAGCUGUUAUAAAGAAAUUUACAUCUAUGUACAGAAUAGAGGAUACCAGCGGUGCCGCAAUGGAUAAAACCAAGCAGAAAUUAUCCGCAGUUUAUGUAUCCAGUGCGGCAGUGAGCGGUGAGUCAGGACGUCAACGUCAUGCGCCGCUCUACGGACGAUUUGUGGACGAAGAAGAGCUUCCUGCAACACAUCGAGAUGUCAUGCAUCAUCGAUCUAGUCCGACGUCAUCGUCCGAAGUGCGUGCCAUGCAGGCACGAAUUCCAUCACAUUUUCGUGAUCCAGCUACGGCGCCGUUGCGAAAAUUAAGUGUGGAUUUAAUUAAGACCUACAAGCAUAUAAAUGAGGUUUACUAUGCGAAAAAGAAGCGACGCGCUCAACAGACCCAAGGCGAGGAUGACUCCUCGAAUAAGAAGGAGCGAAAAUUAUAUAACGACGGUUACGAUGAUGAUAAUCACGAUUAUAUAAUAAAAAAUGGUGAAAAAUUCUUGGAUCGCUACGAAAUUGAUUCCCUCAUUGGCAAAGGCAGUUUUGGACAAGUGGUCAAGGCUUAUGACCAUGAAGAACAGUGUCACGUAGCGAUAAAAAUUAUUAAAAAUAAGAAACCGUUCCUAAAUCAGGCACAAAUCGAAGUGAAAUUAUUGGAAAUGAUGAAUCGUGCAGAUGCCGAGAACAAAUACUAUAUUGUUAAAUUGAAACGGCAUUUUAUGUGGCGCAAUCAUUUAUGUUUAGUAUUCGAAUUGCUCUCCUACAAUUUAUACGAUCUACUACGGAAUACGAAUUUCCGCGGUGUUUCAUUGAAUCUAACACGUAAAUUUGCCCAACAGCUUUGCACUGCACUGCUCUUUUUGAGUACACCAGAACUGAAUAUAAUCCACUGUGAUCUAAAGCCCGAGAAUAUAUUGCUUUGCAAUCCAAAGCGUUCAGCAAUUAAGAUUGUAGACUUUGGCAGUUCAUGUCAACUGGGACAAAGAAUAUAUCAAUAUAUUCAAUCACGUUUCUAUCGUUCGCCGGAAGUGCUACUUGGCAUACCCUACGAUUUGGCGAUUGAUAUGUGGUCACUCGGCUGCAUACUAGUGGAGAUGCAUACCGGUGAGCCGCUCUUCUCCGGCUGCAAUGAAGUCGAUCAAAUGAACAAAAUUGUCGAGGUGCUCGGCAUGCCGCCGAAAUACUUGCUCGAUCAAGCGCAUAAGACGCGUAAAUUCUUCGAUAAAGUCGUUACAGACGGUUCGUAUGUGUUGAAGAAGAGUCAAAAUGGACGUAAAUACAAACCGCCCGGUUCACGUAAACUACACGAUAUACUGGGCGUUGAAACUGGUGGUCCAGGUGGCAGACGCCUCGAUGAGCCUGGUCAUUCAGUGGCGGAUUAUUUAAAAUUCAAAGACUUAAUAUUGCGAAUGUUGGAUUUCGAUCCGAAGACACGUGUAACACCGUACUAUGCCUUGCAACAUAAUUUCUUUAAACGUACAACCGAUGAGGGUACGAAUACAGCAGCGAGCAUAGCAAUAUCAUCACCGUCGGUGAGUUCAACAUCAUCGUCUGUUGCGAUGGUAGUCGGUAAUCAACAACAACAACAACAGCAGCAGCAGCAACAGCAGCAACAACAGAGUCAACAGUUGGUAGCGGCCGCUGCGUUGCAACAUCCAGAGCCACAAUCGCAUGGCAUGCUUUUGCACCUCGGCUCGCACUCCUCCUCCUCGAACUUGGUCGCGUCCAAUUCGUCUGCGCACAGCAAUAGCAACAAUAGCGUCAGCCAACAACAGCAACCGAACAGCCUGGGCAGUUUGAGCGGCAGCAGCAGUUUAACGGGUCUACAUCACCCGAAUAGCAUGUUGCACGCGCGCAGCGGCCUGCGCGGCAAUUCAGCCCACGCCACAACGUAUUCCAUGCCCAAGUCGAUGUAUAAGAAUCAACAACAACAGCAGCAACAACAACAAACACAAGCCGCAGCGCUGCUGGCAGCGCAACAGGGCCUACAGGCGCUACUAUCGCCGUCGGCGUCGAGUCACAAGAGCCUUGGCAGCAGCAGCAGUAAUAGUAAUUGCAAUCUGAACAACAGCAACAACAGUAAUAAUAACAGCUAUCCGCAUGCCAUGGACUGUGAUCCGCCGCAAAUGCCGCCGCCGACGCGCUUCAUCAGCACCAUGUCCAGUUCCGCCUCUGCCUCUUCGUCCUCGAAUAGCAGUAAUAGUGGCGGCGGCGGUGGCAGCGGCAAUAAUAGUGCUCGCAUGCGUUCGGCGCAUCACACAUUCAUUGCACCACCACAGAAGCCGCCACAUGCUGCACAACAAACACAACAACAACAGCAACACCUCGCUAAUGCACAACAGCAACAACAACCGCCCACGCAUCAUAACAGCUAUGCACCCACCUCACUGCCCGUCGAUUUGGUGCAUCAUCCGCUGUCAUCGGCCGCCUCGCAUCUGAUGAUGACCGAUUCGAGCGUCAUAACAGCCAGUGCGGCUGGUAGCGCCUCUGGACCGCUCUCCUACACAUCGUUGCUGUUCCAACAACAACAGCAGCAGCAACAACAAGCACAACAGCAGCAGCAGCAUCAACAGUCGCAAGCGGCUGCGCAUAUGUACAGCUCAAUGCCGGUGCAGCAUAUGAUGUCCGUCGGCGACAUGUCGUUACAACACCACCACCUGCAGCAGCAGCAACAGCAACAACACGCACAACAUCAGCGGCGUGGCGGCAGCGUUGGUGGUGGUGGCUUUGGCGGCAGCAACAGUAGUUUAAUUGGUGUUGGUGCCGGCGGCAAUGGUGGUGGGCUGAUGGGCGGUAGCAGCCUCAUGAGCGCCAGCAUGUCCGGCAGCAUUGGUGGCAGCAUGAGCAACAUUGGCGGCAAUGUUAGCGGCGGCGGUGGCGGUGGCAGUGGCACUAGCGGCUCCGGUGCUGGCGGUGCUGAUGCCUCGUCGCCUAUGGUAGGCGUAUGUGUUCAGCAGAGUCCUGUAGUAAUUCAUUAGUUAGUUGUAACUGCAUACAUGCAUACUAUGUAUAAGUAUGUAGAUUGGCAUACAUACUAUGUGUACGAGUAUACUAUAUAUAUGAAUACCAUAAAUAUAUUUGUAUUUAGUUUAAACAAAGCGCAUUAAACAAUAGUGAAAUUUGCACAAGCAUCAUACCCGGGCACACAACGCAUUUACCUGGCACGCAAAUGCACACGAUUGUCACUGUUCGUUAAGUGAAAAGUGCAUACUUGGCAGUUCGUUGAGUCAGUGUUGGUGGUUACUCGUGUUACGUUUCUAGCAAACAUGAAGAAAUGCAAACACAUUCAAAAUUUGGAAAUUCGUAUAAAAUCCACAUACGUUCCACAUCGGAUAAACACAUUUUUGUGGUAUUGAUCACUCUACAAGUAUAAAUCACUAAUUAAAACACGCAAAAUUAAAAAUCCACACACGUUCCACAUCGGAUAAACAUGCUUUUGUGGUAUUAUUAACACUAAAAGUAUAAAUCACAAUUUAAUAAACGCAAUAUUUGAAAUCCACAUAUGUUCCAUAAAAGAAAAACACAUAUUUGUGGAAUUAUUAAUGCUAAACGUAUAAAUUACCGGUUAAGCCACACAAAAUUUAAAAUCCACAUAGGUUCCACAAAAGAUAAAUACAGUUUUGUGCUAUUAUUAACGAUAAAAUUUGAAAUCGCUUUUCAAAACACGCAAAAUUUAAAAUCCACAUAUGUUCCACACAAAAAAACCUAAACUUGCAGCAGACAAGUUCUGCAAUCAACAUGAUUUGUACCUACAACAAUUGGAUUAUUAUACAAUUGGAUGUAUUUUGAACAGCGAAGCUCUGAAUUACUCUGAAAAUUAGUGGGCAUACAGUUAUUACGUGUGAAGUGCAAAAGUUACAGCAAUUUUGGUUAAAUUUCGUCAAAAAUAAGGUAUGAAUUUACUUGUUUUCAUUAAAUCAACAUAGUUACAAUUGCAUAUUUUGACAGUAAUACAUAAUUGGAACUUGUCUAUAGUAAAACAAGUUGUCAGUAUGCAUUAAAUACAAAAUACGCGAGGGAAUAUAAAACACAGUAGAUAUUCCUAAAAUUGUCGAACUUGUCCAAAAUCAAAAAGCAGUAUCGUGUAACAAUUUAUUGUAAAUGAAUAAUGUUCCACACGCUUUUUAACGGAUUUGAUACAGUUUGAAACUUUAAAAUUAAGUUUCUACAGUGGUUUAAUGCAUACAAAAUAUCUAUGAGUAUUUUGUAAUACGAUCCACAUGCGUUCCACAAAAAAAUUCAAUUUUUUUUUCUAAACAGCCUAUCUAAAAGAACUUCGUAUUAUUGCAUAGUACUUUUUAACGGUUUACACAUGUGGCCCUAUGCUCCUUGCAGGAGUAACAGGAACUAUAUAUAUAUAUACACAUGCAAUCCACUUAAAAAAACAGCGUUAAAAUGCGUAUUUUACAGUCCGCCAACAAUUAUUCAUACAAACUGUUGUAUCUAACGUGUUUACAAAAACCACAUACCUUCCACAAAACUAAACACCAGCAAAUCAAGCCAGGCGCUUACUUACAAGUGUACCAUAAACCUACCCUACAUAGUUAAAAAAAAAACAUAAACAAAAAAAUAUAUCUUUGGUGCACGUAUGAAAUUGUGCUAACAACUGCCGGCAGCAAAAAUUUCUAUACAGAUUAUGGAACAAAAUUUGUUUUUUUAUACAAUGCGUUCCAAUUGAACUACCUUUAAUUAGUUGUAAUUUAAAUUUAUAAUAAAUACAGUUAUUUUGUUGCCUGCCUGCCUACAACGGUUAUAUAACGUAAAACAGCACGUAUACGAUGUAUCGUAACGUUAAACUUAAUUUGUUCACAACAACAAAAAACAGAUUAACUAAAUAAUAUAAUAUCUAGUUGUAAUUCUAUUUAGUCUAUUUGUAUUUCAUAAUAAUAUUAUUAUAAUUAUUUUGUUUUUUUUUGCGCUGUAAAAUUGUAAAUGCAACAACGUUCGUCCUAUUUUUCUCGCAUUUUUUGUUAUUUCAUAUUUUUUUUUUUUUUGUUUUUGCUCAGCCAAUCGACACUACUUUACUUUGUAUUUUAGUGUAGUCAUUUACAUACAUACAAACAUACAUAUGAAUACCAUUUUUCUCGCAAUUUAACAAUAAACAAAUUUUUAGUUUGUUAAGACAGUAUAGGAAAUGAAAAAUGCCCUUGUAGCAUAACAAUAGCAGCAACAAGCAGAGUUUAAACAAUAAUAUAUAUUAAAAAAAAAUACAAAAAAAAAA